CUGCAAAGCUUGAAAGAAACCAGCGUAGAAGCUUACAGCCCUGUUUCUCCUGCCUAGCUCAAACUCAUCCUGGCAAAAUAGGGUCUGCACCACAGCAGUUGAAAGGUAACCUUGGGGACGCAUCACUGAGAAGAAAUAGAGCUAUGCAGCUCACAGCCUCCCCUCCAGGCCUCCAUGGAGGAGGAGCAGGAACGCAGGCCACAAGUGUUGGGGAGCCACAGGGAGGGAGAGAUGCCACAGUACCAUCUACAGCUUCAUUCCUACAACUGUCAGAGGUGGGUGUCUGAUUACAAAAGCUGAAAAGCAAGAGACAACUUGGCAGAACACAUUUGUAAAAUGCACUCAAUAAUCAAUCACUGCUGCUGCUGCUGUAACGGAGGGCAGGGCCUUCCUGUGACUUGCUGGGAUUUCUUCAUGACAAGCCACCAGAAAGCAGUGUAAUUGUUAGGCAGCGGCUGCUAGGCUUGUGGUUCUUCUAUCAAUGGCAUGGCUCUUGAGGAAGAGGACCCUGUGUCAGGAGCCGGAGUGAUGCGGAUCCUUUGCACAAACUUCUGUGAUUGGUGGGACAACAGGCCAUGGCCAGGAAAAUCCAUUGCCACUUAACUGUGAUCUGAAAAGGAGAGAGAAUCAGGCAUGCAGACCUGAAGCAUGACACAGAGCCCAUCCUCGUGAGCCUUUCCCACUUCUGGGGAACAGUGGAAUGAACCCAUCGAAGGUGGCAGCAUUGUCCAGCCAGCCAUGCAAGCACAGCACAGGGUAUCACCUUCACGGUCCCCAGGCCUUGGCUGCCACAUGUGCCCAGGGCACAGGGAACUUCACCUCCAAGAACUCGUACCCACAAGCAACAUCCUCUGAGUGCUACACACUGAGAGCUGGUCCCAGGGAGCUUGUUAACAGCCAAGAGCUCUGGAUAGAGCUCAUAGGUAGGUGGUAGUUACCAAAGUUGUUUAUCUGGCAGCUCUGACCUCUCUACCUAAUACCAGGUUUUGGGCACAAGCCUUGUUUGGGAUAACCCUGGGAUCCUGGUGUAAAUGCUCGCCCUGGUGGUAUGCGCAUCACCACUCACAGGUCUUGGACCCUCUCCCCCACCACCUCGGGCCCUCUCCCCCACUCCAGCAGCCAGUAGGAUCUGGGGUCUCUUUGCUUUGAGUCACAGAGAUGACCUCUGGUUCUUAGGUGAGAGUGAUGUGUUCUCUAGUGAAUUUGGACUCCCGUGACCUGCAUCCCUAGUCACUUCUGGUAGGAGGCUCCAUCAGCAGGCACCUCACGGGAAAGGAAAAAUUCCUUGCAGAAAUCAUCAGCGAUAGCUGAUGUGGGAUAGAGCUCCAAGUGGAGAAGGUUGCACUGGGAUACAGCCCUGGACCCCCCCUCAGCAGCAGGACUGUCAUCCCAUUAGCCAAAGCCAGAUUUUUGAGAUCUCCAGGUCCCUCAUGUCCUCUCUAGCAAUGCUACUUACCCCUCUGAAAGAGCAGCCCAGCAUCUUACAAGACUGCAUAUCUCCUCCCGCACUGCCUGGCAAACCACCCCGCAGGAGGAGGGUGCUAUGCAGGAUGCAUGGCAAAAUUUGGAUGGCUCACAGAAUUAAUUUUGCUGCAUCUACUUCUAAGAAGUGCCGCAGGCUACUGCAGUGGAAUUGCUGCCUGUGGGAGACCAAAUUAGACUCCACCUGGAAAGAUGCUGGGGUGUUGGCUGGGCUGCAGUGGGCUGGUGGUAAGAAAGGCUGGUUUUGCAUAAAGCACUUGGAGUUAGAGAUAUCCCAUGUGCUUAGCAAAGGAUAAUUUAACCUCUGCGUCCUUGCAAAGGAGGAGGAGACCUGCAAGGGUGAACACUGGGACAUAGAAAGCUGUUAUGCUCCACUGACUUGGAACAGCAUUGAUCAGUUUGUGCUAGCUGCAGAUCUGGAUGGAUCUGCUCUGAAGUAAAGCUUUGCAAAAACUGGGAAGUGCCGCAUCAAAGCUCUUGAAUUUGGACCACUUCCAGGCCUGACAUCCAGAAACUCAUCCCUAUGGGUGGUAAAUAUAAAGAGGCUGGAUGCAAAGGAGGAAGCAUGGUAAAGGCAGCAUCUUCCCAGGAUCCAUGGGCUCUUUGAGAGAUGAUCAGAGGGAGGCCAGAUGAUCUGCACAACACACACACCACUGUUUCUCGUCCGCAAAGGCAGCAUCAGAGCGUUCUCCCCAGCCCUGUGCCGCCCAGCUUGCCCGAUCGUUUCCGGAUGUUUCGCAGCUGCGAGUGGGAGGUCCUGGAGCGAUCCCUCAAUAUCCUCCAGGCCAGCGACUUUUACUGGGGCCCCUUGUCUGUGGGGGAGGCUCAUGCCAAGCUCCAGCGGGAGCCUGUCGGCACCUACUUGGUGCGGGACAGCUCGCAGGGGAACUGCUUGUUCAGCCUGAGCGUGCGGAUGCCGACGGGGCCCGUCAGCCUCCGAAUCUCUUUCCAGGAGGGCUAUUUCCGCCUGAAGAACUGGUUUUCGGACUGUGUGGUCCGGCUGCUGGAGCUGGUGGUGGCGGGGACCCGGAACAACCCCUUGCACUUUGAUGAGAUGGGGGGAACCCCCUUGGUUUUCUCUGAGCCCCUGUGCCGGAGCCGCCGGGCAGUGCCCACGCUGCGAGAACUGUGCUGCCGGAGCCUGCCCACUGGUGCCGUGACGGGGGAUGGAGCAAGGCUGGGGGGCUCCUUGGGGAUGCGCCCAAGGGAGGAGGUGGUCUCAGCCCCGGGUGGAAGGGGAGGGUCAGAGGGGAGUGUUGUCCCCAGCCCCUCUCUGUCCUGGGCUGGGAGAUGAUGCCAUGUGCAUGGGAGACAAAGGGAGGUGCUUGUUAUGUGGCUGUUUUGGUGGGAUGCACACCACACCAGUGGGGCUGGAGCGGCUGCUGGGAGAGGAAGGGGAGGGCAGGGGGACCAGGGCUUGAACCCGCUGGCUGUGACAGCUCUGUCCUUGUACAUGCACAGCAUGUGUGGCCUUCCCCAGAGAUGUCUGAGGUAAAGCCAAAUCUGAAGAGCAGAGACAACCCCCCCCCCCCCCCCCCAAGUCCUGAUCUGUGCACCAUUUAUAAUUUAUAAGCUUGAGAAGAAGGCGAGUUGCCUGUCCUCCCAGGUCAGCCCUGUGUUUUCCUCUACCCCAAAAUGCCCAAGCUCGUUUCUGCUACAAAUCUGCCCUCGUGAAGUGGUGCAGCUGAGUCUGGUCCCACAGCAGUGCAGCUUGGGCAUCGGUGAGCGUGACCCCUGUGCUGACUGGAUACCCACAUAGCUGUGGUGGAGUGAGAGCACGUUUUGCUCCUUGCAAUGCGAAUGCGAUGCAUGCCACUUCAGAGGCCAGCGUUUGCACUAGAGGGAACCUGUUGCAGCCAUGUAUGAUAUGUGCAGCUUCACUGGCUUUUGCAUUGCUUUAUUUAAACAGAUUUUUGGGAGUGUAGGUGAGUUGCGUUAUACUAAGGCCAUGGUAUUCCUGUGGAGGUAACCCUGGUCUGGAGAGUUGGGUCUGAAGAGAUGGGAUCCAGCGCCCUUUCUUAUGCUCAUCUGAUAGUAUGCUGCUGCCACCUACAGAGCAUAAAAAGACGUUUCAGUUUUGCCUCCAAAAAGACAAAGAAUCUUCUAUAUACGACUUUUAAAAAUUUUAAUAAAUGUGGUUUUAUACUUAUUUUUAAAAGUCAAUGAGUACAUGACAGUAUUUUCAUUCCCUUGCAGUGUUGGAAACCCGGUUAGUUUAGUGGCAAGACACGGCAAUCAAACUGAAACCAAACAAGUGAAUUUCUUAUAAAGACCAAAAGCAGAACAUAAGUGAAUGGUACUAGCUGGGAACAAUAAACUUAAUUCAUCUUGGAGUGUAAUCAAGUAAAGAAUUUUCUAAACAGAAGAUACUUCCUAAAAACUUAAGGGUGAGAUUUUCAGCAGUAUUUUUAGUACCUUAAAAUUUGUACUGAGUGUUUGAAAGAAGCAUGAGUAAUUCAAGAUCCUAGAAUAGGGCACAGCAUCAGUGAAGUUGAGCUGGUGAGGAUGAGUACAAAUGAGAGGAACAGAGUCGACUUAAAUAGGGUUAUGGUUCAUUUGAGGGGUGCAGGCACUUUGAAAUAAGUGACUGAAAACAGCUACGUGAAAGGAGAAGUUCAGAUACUGUAAAAUUUGAGCCAAACUGUUUUGUGUGCCGGUAAGCAUCCAUAGCCAGGCAGGAAGCCUGCUGAGCUCACGCUGACUUUCCCCUUCAGACCUGUACAGGGGAAAAAAGCCAAACAUGGGGAGACAUUACUCUGAAUUUGCUCUUUUGGGUUCAGGUAUCUUAUCUGAGGAACCAAAGCAUGCGAUCAGCACAGAGAGAGAUACAGGGUGUGAUUCAUUACAGGAGCCUAACUUUGACACUCUGAAUUAUUCUCUGGAGGGCUCUGUUGCUCUGCUGAUGGUAAGGUGCCUGGCCUCCUAUCUCGGGGCAUUGGCUUAUGAACCAAGGUAGUUAAAUAAAUGCCAGAGAAGUGGCCAUCUUCUUGCAGGCUGCUUCUCUUGCUCUCUGGGAGGCCAGGGGCAGCUCGGUGGCCCUGCAGCUGCUGCGGCUCUCAGCCCAGUGCAAAAGCAUGAGCUGGGAUUGUUCGCUAUCACAGGGUUUGCGUGCACUGUGGUGGCUGAUGUGGGUAUGGUGUUGCUUGCUGCUGGAGCUGUAAUCUCGUGCAGGGCCAGGGCAAAAAGCUAAGCAGGUAAUUGCAUCUGUCAUGGUCACUGGGUCCAUUAGAGGUGGUGAAUUGGAGCCCUCAGAUGCCCGAGUCAGGCUGUGAUGCCCUGGGUGAGAGCUGGGGUGCCCUGCUUACCCCACGCAGUGUCAUGAGGGGAGCUGGGGUUCAACCCACCCUGAGAGAAUAGUACUGUGCAUCCCCUGCUCAAACACAUACCUGUCGCUCGGGGUUAUUGGUAUCUCCACCUCCUGAAGCAGUCCUGUCCAGGUACUGUAACCCAUGCAAGGACCAGGGGUCUUGGCAGACAGCGAAGCUGAAUCCUGCAGGCUGCCUGGCAGCAAAGGCCAGCAGCAUCCUGGGCUGCAUUAACAGGAGCACCACCAGCAGAUGAACAGAGUGAUUACCUCCCUGUACUCACCAUUUCUUAGACCCCAGUUAGAAUAUUGCAUCCAGUUUUGGGCUCCCUGGUGCAACAAAAAUGUAAUAAAUUGGAGUGAGGUUGGGAUGGGGGGUGACCCAAAGAAGCUCAGGGGGCUGGAGCACUUGCCUUGCAAGGAGAGGCUGAGGAAGCUGGGAGCUUCCUGGGAGCUUCCGUGCUCAGCCUGGAGAGGAGAUAGCUCGGAGGGACCUAACAGCAGCUUGCCUGUACCUAUGAGGAGGUUAGCAAGGAGCCAGGCUCGCUACAGUGCUGUACAGCAGGAGAACGAGACACAGUGGACAUAGGGGAAACAAGUCCAGGCUGGCUAUGAGGAGACCCUUUUUCCCAUGAGGGUAGUCUGGGUGGGAGGUGGAUUGCCUGGAGAGGUUUUGUGGUCUCCAUGCUUGGAAGUUUUCAAGACCCAGCUGGGUCAAGCCUGGAGCAACCUGAUGUACCUCAGAGAUGGCCCUGGUGUGAGCCCCGGGUUGGAUUAGCAGGAACCUCCUGGGGUCUCUUCCCCUGUGAAUAGCUCUGCGGUCCUGCAUUUUCAUAGGGCAGGGA